CGGCGACGACAGCGGAUGACGUAUGAAUCCAGCGACGAUGACAGAACCGAAGAAGCUAUCCGAGGCGUUGAGGCGUUUUUUCUUUUCGCGAUGCCGCUGGAAGCCGGGCCGGCUCGCCUGGUCCGCUCGGCCCAGAAGGACGAGCUCUACCGGGGAGCGCUGAAAAGCAAGGCCGGCGCCGUCUUCUCCGGCCUAGCGGGUGCUAAAAUUUGGCUGGAAUGGCAGAAAGAGAUCGAACUCCUCGCCGACGUUGCCUAUUUCACCCUUACUACCCUUUCAGGUUAUCAAACUCUUGGCGAAGAAUACGUCAACGUGAUCCAAGUAGACCCAUCGAAGAGGAAGGUCCCUUCAUUAAGACGCCGGGCCAUUUUGGUCGCCCUGCACACCGUCUUGCCUUACCUGUUAGACAAGGAACUGACCACGCUCGAGCAGGAGCUGGAGGCGGCCUCCAGCGGGUUACAGAUUUUGCACAGCCGAAAUUUAAGCGGAUUGCAAAGCUGGGCGCUGUUCCGGAGCUGGUUGCAGAAACGGGUCAGACGGUUAACCGAGUGGCAGAGAACGUUUCUCGCUCGGGCUGUCCAUAUCGUCAAGCAAAGCAUCCCGUUUCUCCGGAGGUUGCAUUUAGCCGUCUUUUACAUGGAUGGGAUCUUCUACCAUUUCUCUAAACGGGCAACAGGGAUCACAUACUUACGUUCUGUGGGUUUCACCGAAGACGACCAAAGCAUUCGAUCAACUUACAAGCUGCUCGGAAUUGUUUCAUUCCUGCAUCUGGGGCUGACCCUUGGCAUCUACGCGUACAACCUCCGACAUCGCCAGAGGGCGCGAAAAGAAUGGAAGCUACAUCGUAACCUCUCCUAUCAGAUAAGCCAACCCGAAGAGAAGAUUCUUGGCCGCAAUUUGCGUUGCUCGUUGUGCUUAGAAGAACGCCAACGUACCACAGCCACGCCGUGCGGGCACCUCUUCUGCUGGGAAUGCAUCACUGCGUGGUGUAACACCAAGGCUGAGUGUCCUCUAUGUAGAGAGAAAUUUCAUCCCCAGAAGCUUAUUUACCUUCGACACUUCCGGUAAACGGAUGCCAAUCGGAUUGCGCAAACGCGAAGAGCCCAAUGAAAAUGCAAGCUUUGAACAAGUGCGAGAUGUUAUUUUGAUAAGAAAAUGGCUGUGAUCGAAUGGAAGGCAAAACAUCUUUGACUUUCACUGCCUCUACAAGAAGAGACAAGCCUGCCUCAGUUUAAAACAAACUGCUGCUCAUCCAGUUUUAUCUGAGAGGUUUGAGAUCAGGAAAGACUUUUACCCAUCCUAGUGAAUUUUGAAUUAUGCGAUUUUAUUUGAAGCAUACCUUCGGGAUGAAUAGCAAUCUCUAACCACCACCACCCAACCCCACAACAAACCUGACACACACAACUGCAUUACUCCAUUUAUGGUGGAACUGGUUUUUAAACCAUUUCAAAUCCAGAAGGGCUGUAUAAUGUAGUUACUGUGGGGUGCCGGUCUCGUUAAACAAGUACAGUGCUAAAUUUUGCAUUCGAUUCUACAGACUUGGCUGGUUUUAAAAUUCAGCCAUGCUUCCAUCAAACACCUCUGAAGCACCGGGCAGCCUUCUCGAAAAGCCCCUCAGCAAACUUCGAAUAGCAGAGUCAACAACGGGCACCGAAGUUUACGUGUCCAUCUUGUCUCUCUGUAUUGCCAGCUUCCCAGUUGAACGCACCUUAAGCUGGAUAGCGCUUGAGAGGGCAAAUUUUUGACAAUAAAAGAGAUCUAUAAAGUG